GUAUACAAUGGCCACCUGAUGGACACCAACUGGUUGUACGUGUUGUUGCAAAAGAGCACGGCGGAUCCGCUCGAACGUCUCAAGCUCGGAAAUGUGAUAUUGAACGAGGUCUCACAACGAAAAGUGUCACCACACCCAAAACUGGUCAAUGACUUCCUAGACGUCAUGUCCGGCUGGUUGACCGGCAGUAAUUUUAAGGUCUCCACAAUUGGUCUGGAAAUUCUUGAUGCUGCACUCCGAACUUCUCCAGAUGUUCUAGCCAGUUACUACUUUGAUCGGUGUUCGGUGUUGAUUGAGAGAAUGGGAGAUGCUAAAGUUCAAGUCCGUGAAAUGGCAAUCAACUUGUGCUUGCAACUUGCGUACCUUGAAAAUUCUUCCCCUGUGAUGCUACUUGACAGACUCUGUGUUCCUGGAACAGGAUUUCAGCACAAACAAUGGCUUGUAAAAGUUGGUUCGCUGAACAUUCUGAGAGAGUUUCUGAGUAGUAGUUUUGCCCUGGUCAUCCAACAAGCUAUAACUCUAAUUCCCCAAUUGUGUCGGCUGACUAAUGAUCCAAAUUCCGAAGUUCGAGACGUCUCAACACAAUGUCUCAUAGAUCUGAUGGUGUAUGGUGGAAAGCCAAUAGUUGCAAAGAUAGCUGCUACCAGGCUGAUUAAUGAACAGAAAAUGGCUACUCUACUUCAACGUUAUCAAACAACAGUGGCCACUCGUGGGGACCUUCCACCUAAACAUACAAUUACCAUGGAAACAACACCGGCUCAACCCUCCCGGAACUCUUUAUUGCGGCGUUCUCUACGUUCACCUGCCAAGAUAAUUCAUCCAUCUGCCUCAACAACUUCAUUUACUUCAUCCGCUCGUUUGUCCACUCCACCGAGGCCAACUACAACUGCUGCUCAAUCACUUUCACUUGCUCCACAAACUCCUUCUCCGUUAUCUCUCCCAUCACCAUCUGGAGGCCAAAUGAGCAGAUCAAGAGACUUAACUAGAAGCUCUUUGCGGGCUCCGGCUGGAAUUUCAAUUUCUAGGUAUAGAAGUUCAAGUUGUGCUCCUGCAGCUCAAUGUGCAAUAACAUUGGAUGAUUUUAAGAAAUCCUUUACAGCAGUUCCUAAAACGACAAUAUAUUCUAACCAUGAUAUCCGUGAAAAACUGGAACUCGCGAAUUUAGUUCUCCGGAAUGCAAACGAAGACUGGAGUAAACGAGCAAAUCAACUGAAACUCAUCAGAUCAAUCAUAAUUAAUUGCGAUGAAAACAUUGAUAGAAGCCUUUUAAUUUCAAUUAUCAACGAGCUCGCUGAUGCAUUGGAAUUCUCGAUUCGUGACUUGAGAUCUCAAAUUGUCCGGGAGGCAGCGGUCACAUGUAGUUUCUUAUUUGAGACUUUUGGAAUGGAAGUGAAAAAUGUAGCAGAAUGUGUGUUACCAGCGGCGUUGGCUCAAGUUGCAGUUAGCACGAAAGUCAUUGCAUCAAGUGCUGCAACUUUAACUGUUUUUAUUGUGCAAAAAAUUCAAACGCGCCAAAUCUUCACCACAUUGUCUGAAUUAUCAAGUUCGAAGGCAAAAGAACAACGUCGACAACUUGCAGUUGUGCUUGAAACACUCAUAGCAUCAUGGGAUCUCAAAUCAAAGCAGCCAAUUUUAAAGCAAAUUGCUCAACUAGUUCAAAAUGCAAUUUGUGAUGCUGAUGGAGAGACUCGAGUAGCUGGAAGAAAGGCUUUUGCAAAAUUGGAGCAACUCCAUGGAACAACUGCAGAUCUUAUUUUUAGAGAACUGGAUCCAGCAAAACAAAAAAUGCUGCGUGAUGGUGUCUCAUCAUCUUCAUCAAGUCUGAACAGUGAUCGGGAUAAUAACAAUCAGAAACAACAGCCAAACCAGCAGAAUAUUAGUCAAAAGUUUUUGUCUCAAAGAAGUGCGUCGGCCGUGGAUAAAUCUAUUCAAUUGUCCGUGAAACCACAGACAACGGCUAUACCAUCACGUCCAACUGCCAUGCCAAUGAACAAUCGACUACCAAAAUCUUCAACUUCUACUUCAUUUUCAGCAGUGAGAUCCAGUGGUUAUGGGCAAAAUCAGUCGACAACACCGAAUAGGGCCAAAACUCCAAGUGAUGGAUUUGCAGGAUCUUCUCCUCACUACACAAACGGAAAUAACAACAAUAAAUCAUCAUCUUCGUCCCCAUCAACUUCGACUCAUCAAACACCAAUUCAACGAGUUGCAUCUAAUCUUGGAAGUUCUUCAUUCGUUGCUUCAUUGACUCAAGAACAAGCAAAUUGUCUGCAAAACGCGAUGAAUACUGCAAAAGAUGAAAUGAGCAAGAAUAAUGAAGAUGAUGAAUUCCUUCUCGAUGAAAUCAGAAAGACUCCACCAAAAGAAGUUCCAAGAUCAUAUAAUAAUUCUCCGUUCAAGCCUAGCAACUUGGAUUCAUCUGUUCACCGAUCAUACAAUAAUAAUUCUCCAUUCAGACCAUCUAGUGGUUCAGUUGGAUCAGGUUCAAAUGGUUCUGUUCAAAGUAUUGAACAUAUUCUCAAAGCAUGUACCAGCUCUUCAUUAAAUGAAAAACGAGAUGCAAUUGUCAAUUUGAAUCAAGUAAUAACUGAUCCUAACCUAUGUCAAUUGGAGUGUAAGAAUAUUGGAGACACAUUAUCACGUCUUUUGGCAGAAGGGAAUAAUACUUUAAUUAUUUCAAUUCUUGAUACAAUUUCCAUAUUUAUAAAGUUUCAAUAUAAGAAACUGGAUAAUUGGCUAAAACUUGCACUUGGUAAAUUGUUUGCUAAAAUGGGAGCCGAUGCCCUUCCAAAUGUCAAAUCAGCUUUGUCAUCCACUCAAAAGAUGUUCCUAACCACGUUUGACCCAACAUUUCAACUGAAGGCUGUCUGUGAUUUCAUGUGUGAUCCAGUGCAUUUACUGUCUCCAAAAUCAAGACUUGCUCUUCUGGAAUACAUUUGUCUGCUUUUCGAAGAGAUUUGGCCAGAGGAUCCGAGAUGUUUGGAGAGGCAAACACAUCUCGAUACACCGUAUACAAGAGCUGCAAUUCGGAAGAUGUUCGCAUGGAUGUUUGAUCCGAGAAUUGGAGCUAUUCUUAUGCCAGCAUGUGAACGUCUUGUAUGUGCCUUGUUUGCUCUCAACGCUGCUGAUUUCACUAUGAUCUUCGGAGAGCUACCUUCGGAAUGUCGUGAUUGGGCUUAUCGAAUUUUACAGUUGAAUGGUCAGCAGAACAACCAGAAGCCAAUUGAAAAGGAAAAAGAACGGUUUAUAAGCAACAACAACUAUAAACCAUGCCCAUUGGACAAUGAAGAAAUUGAGAAACCAAUCAUGAAAACCACUUAUUCAACGUAUGAAUCCACACGGAAAGAGUAUUCUCAAACCGAGAGGAUCGCAACAGAAAAUCAGUAUUCAACUCCACCACCGCCUGAUUAUCGAACAUCGACCGCCCAUCUUGCCAAAAAUCAUGUGGAUCAAGCUGCCUACAUUCGAAAUCAAUUGGACGCAAUUCGAGAUUUCGAGAAGGCUGAUAAAUUGAACGAAGCGAUGGCGAAUCUUCAUGGAAUGAUGUGUGAAGGUUCUUUCACUCUUUGGAACCAAUUUUUCGACGAAUUGCUGGAUUCUAUCUAUCAGAUUCUUUCUACAUUCUCACAAUCGAUUCGCAAGAAGCUUGCUCUCCGAAUUCUUCAGAAAAUGUGCACAGCUCAAGCGACAAAGUUGUUCGAUUCAACAGAAAUUGCAAUUUCGAAAGUUCUUCAAUGUGCAUGUACAUCUGAUGACAACACGAUGGGUGUUGCAGCAGAAGAUUGUCUUCGAAUCCUGGCUUCUCAUCUGCCUCUUACGCGUGUCGUUCUGAUCUCCAGGCGAAUUUUGAGUCAAGAUGAUGAUGAUCAACGUGGUGUUCUGAUUCUGAAAAUGUUGACGAGAAUGUUCCAAGAUAUUGAUAUUGAGGAGUUACACUUAAUUGUCAAUGACGUUGCACCAUGUUUUGUCACUGCCUACGAAUCAAUGUCAUCUACAGUAAGAAAAUGUGCAGUUUUCGGAUUAGUCGCCCUGGUUCAGAGAGUUGGAAUGCAAAGAAUGGAGCCACACUUGAGAACUUUAAAUGCCAGUAAACUGAACCUAAUUGACCUGUACGUGGGCCGCGCCAAGUCAUCCGAAUCAGGAGCAUCGUCUAACUAGAACACAAGAGCCGGAAUGUUUCAACAAGCGGGUCAACUCAAUCAGUUUUGUAAAAUACAUUUGAUAAGAUUUUAUUUUUGAUAUUAUGAACAUGCUGAUAAAUGAAUGAGACAGGUGAU